AUGAAAGGACAGGGCCAGUCAGAGGAGGCUGAGGGCGUGAGCUGGGUCUUGCGUCAGCUGCGGCCUGUUUCUUUCAAGUUCAAGAAUGGGCCAGAGGCAAAAUACAGCAGAUACGGCUUCAUCGCGCAAGAGCUGCAAGAGGUGCUGCCAUCGGUGGUCCGUUCCGUGCAGACCGAUGGAAGAGAGCAUUUGGCGGUGGCCUACCAG